CAAUCACAUACUGGGCCAAAGUUUUUACUGUGAGAGGAAGCUGGAAUGCCCGGAGAAAACUCACCAACAGCACAAAGAAAGGACCCAGCCGGGAUUCCAACCAGGACCGUCGUAGGCAAGGAGCGCUAAACACAAGUCCACAGUGCAGUUCCUUCAUAAAACCCAGAUGUUUGAAGUGCUAUUAGGUUUAAUUUUUGCAAAAUUUCUAUACAUUUUAGGCUGAACUCCAAAGCACAUCGAUCUCUUAUAGAAAACACUCAAUAUUUAUCAAACUUUUGUAAUUAUAAGCGUGAAUAACGUGCAUAAUUGCUGAAAAGCAUCUUAAAAAUCUGUGAGUGAGUGUUGCAUAGGUGCCGAAGUUCUAAGAAUGCAAUUCACUCAUUAUUUUCUGUUGCAUUAAGACACUAAUGGUGUUGCCUGAUUUAUCUGAAGCUCCAAACUUGCAAACCCCUUUUACCUUAUAGGGAAAAAUUAAAUAUAAAAUGACUAAUAGUCUGUGUAAUAACUGCAGAGUAAAGCAUCAUAUUUAUUACCAGAGUGAGAGCUGGGAUUUCUGUCUGAGAGAGACAAUAAACGACUCAUAAUUUUCCGUUAGAACCGCAUCUCUCUCGCAUUGGAGGCAGACACCCAGUGGGCGGACCUCACGGCCUGUCACUCAGCUCACCCCGGCUCAGUGAUUGGUUUCUCCCAGCUGGGGGCAGUGGGCGGUGCGACGGAGCCACAUGGAGCGAGUUUGGUGUCUCUGUGACCGUUAGUUAGUCUGAUGCAUUCUCUGGCGGAGUCGCUCUGGACUCUGUGGAACAGUUUCGCGCAUCAUCAGCAUCCUCUGUGCUGGAGAGCACUGGACUUCAAUGUCAGUUUAAUAUUUGCAGAGAAAAGUAUUCACAGCUACUACUGCUCAUGCUGCGCACUCCUUUUGGAUGAUCCGUGCGUAAAAGUCCUUAGCUUGAAGUGAUUAAAGCGGAGGGAAGUGUCCGCAUCACGGAUGCUGUUUUCUCCUGCGCUCUGGAGGAACUUCAAUUCCUGCUCAAGUCAUGAUUAACGAAAUUAAUGAACGUUUAACUUGAACAUUUAGAAAACGUUUUUUGUUCUCUUUUUGAUAGAAACAGUCUGGUUAGUGUUUUUAUUGAGCAUCUUGAAACAGCAGAGCUUCUCCUGGACACUUUGCUGUCUCCUGCGUGUGGAACUGGAUUGAUGGAAACAUGACUAAAGCUGCAACAGGACCGGCUCUCCUGCGUGCCCUCCACCUGCUCCCGCUGCUGCUGCUACUUCAGGUGUCACCCGUGCGUCUUUCCGCGCAUCACGGCCACCCUGCGCGCUACUUCGGACACAUACCUGAGAACUCUCCGGCUGGGACGCCGGUGGACGGGGUCGUGAUUCCGCUCGUAGGCGCAUGCUGGCCCGCCGCGGAUCUCAACGCCAGCCUGAAAGGUGACUAUGCGUCUGAUUUUAGACUCAUUCAUCAUCAUGGGCACCGGGAGAAGCGGGGUCACCUGAGUUUGGUGUCGGCCAAAACUCUGGACAGAGAGUUUAUAGCUAUUUACGAACUGGUGGUGGACCACUUGCCGUGGUGUCAGAGGAGGGCAGCUGUUAUUCAGAUCGAGGUAUCCGACAGGAAUGAUAACAUCCCCCGGUUCACCAGCGGGAACAAGACGGUUGAAGUGGACGAGCUGACGCCUCUUGGAACCGAGGUGGCUCGGUUUGACGCAAAGGACGGCGACGCAGAGAAGAACGGACGCGUAACUUUUUACGCAUCACCCGAAUCCAACUUGCUCCACGUGGUUCCGCAAACCGGCCAGGUAAGGCUUGUUGGAUCCCUGCUGGGUGUGAGCCAGACAACAGUGCGUCUGUGCGUAAAGGACGGCGGAGAUGUUGCUCUGAUCGGUGAGCCGGUGUUCCUGCGCGUCACCGUGCGUCGCUCCGGCAGAGCGCACCGGAGACCUCGCGCCCUCCACGAGGAUGUGACCUACACAGUCACCGUUCCAGAUCACCUGAGAGUGGGGGACCUGCUGUUCACGGUGCCGGACCAACGGUUCGAUCAGCGGUGGUUUGAAGUGAUUUCCGAGGCGGAGUCACCUGUUCAGAUCGAGCGGGACUCCGGGCGUCUGUACCUGGCGCGUAAUGUGCGGGAGCCGGUGGAGGUGGCAGUGAAGAUCCAAAAUCUCCGAGGGGACGAGUGGUACCUGUGCAGGUUGACUCUAAGCAUGUCCACCCAUGCUGACCUUCAGUGGGUGAUGUUUCCUUCACCGUACUUAGCCACCGUCAGUCCAGAUGCCACCCCUGGCUUUGUAGUUUACCGGCUGUCGGCACGGCAACGGGAAGGGACGCCAGCCCAAGCUCAGUUUCUCCUUCUGGAUGGUGCUGAGGGGUGUUUCGAGGUGGACCGUCGUUCCGGUGCCAUCAGAACCACAGGGAGACCCCUGACUCCCAGUAAAGAGUACCUGCUGCGGGUUCAGGCGGUGGACGGACAGGGCCAGAAAGGCCCCCCGGCUACUGUGGCCAUCCUUGCCGGAUACCGACCACCACAGUUCACAAAUUCCUCCUACAGUCUGAGCGUGCCGGAGAAUACUCCUGUGGGCAAACAAGUUGCCGUGGUUCAAGCGGUCUCCUUCCAGAAGAAGACCCUGUCCUACAUGCUGCUGGUGAAUCCUGGGAAUCUGUUCAGCAUCAACCAGGAGAGCGGCGCGCUCAGCCUCACCAGGACCGUGGACUACGAGAGCGGUCACAACCUCUACAUCGUGCAAGUCCGAGCGUCAGAGCCUGACACUGGGCUCAGCAGUGUAGCAGAGGUGUCUGUGCAAAUAACAGAUGAGAAUGACUGCACACCAGAGUUCCUGCACUCCAUCUACACAAGAGACAACAUACCCGAGAGCAUCGCAGCUGGAACGUCCCUGCUGCAAGUUCUGGCCCGAGACUGCGACUCUGGCGUCAACUCGGAGCUCUCCUACUACAUUCCAAGCGCCGAUUUUGACAUCACAUCAGGGGGUGUGGUCAGCCCCGCCCACCGCCUGGACUACGAGCGACCCAAUCACAUAUAUGAGUUUGUAGUGGUCGCCGUGGACGCGGGGACUCCUCCUCGCACCGGGACGGCGUCCAUCCGGAUCCGCGUGGCCAACAGCAACGACGAGGCUCCUGUCUUCUCCCAGAGCGUGUAUAAGACCUUCCUCAGUGAGGAUGCUGGUCCUGAUACGCUGGUCGCCAUCGUCCACGCCAACGACCCAGACGGGGAUGGCGUCUCUUAUGCGAUCACUGGCGGAAAUGAAGACAGCAACUUCCACUUGGACAACCAAAAGGGCAUCAUUAAGCUGCGCCGAAGUCCGCCUCCGAGGUUGAGGGGGCCGCAGUACGUCCUCAACAUCACCGCCACUGAUGAUAAUGCGUCUGGUGGGCCGUACCCACUCAGCAGCUCGGCUCAGGUCAUUGUUGGAAUCAACGACAUCAACAACAACAAGCCUGUGUUUGAAGAGUGUCAAGACUACAGUUUGAAUGCGGCCGUGCUGGAGAACCAACCGCCGGGGACGUUUGUCUUAAGAGUUCAGGCCCGCGACGCUGACAUGGGGCUCAACGGAGAGGUCAAAUAUGGCAUCAUGCACCGGGACGGUGUGUCGUCUGGGUUUGACAUCAAUCCUGACACCGGUGUGAUCACAACGGCGGUGAGUUUUGACAGAGAGCGCCAGAGGGAGUUCACUCUGUCCGUGACUGCCACCGAUCAGGCCGAGGAGCCGCUCAUCGGGAUCUGCCAGAUCACCGUCCUGAUUCUGGAUCAGAACGACAACGACCCAAAGUUUGAAAACAGUCGCUACCAGUACUUCCUGAGAGAAGACACUCCAGUUGGAACCAGUUUCCUGCGAGCGGCAGCACAUGAUGAUGACCAGGGGAGCAACGCCGCCAUCACCUACUCACUAACCAACCAGAAACCGGCGUACUUGCACAUUAACCCCAGCACCGGCUGGAUUUAUGUCAAUCACCCCAUCUCACAGACAUCCAGGAUCAGCCAGCAGAUCGUGGCGUCGGAUGGAGGCAACCGCAGCAGCUCCGUGGACCUGACCGUCAUCAUCACCAACGUUCACAAUCAGCCCCCACACUGGGAGCAGUCCGAGUACUGGAUCACUGUGCCGGAAAACACGGCGCGAGACGCUAAGAUACUGACCAUCAAAGCGACGUCCCCCCUCGGUGACCCACGUGUGACCUACAACCUGGAGGAAGGUCAGGUUCCAGAAACCAACAUGCCGGUGCGCUUCUACAUCAAACCCAACCGAGCGGACGGCUCGGCAUCUAUCCUGGUCGCUGAAAACCUCGACUACGAGACAACCAGCUUCUUCAUACUAAGAGUCCGGGUGCAAAACGUUGCUGCUGUGCCACUGGCUUCCUUCACCACAGUCUACAUCAAUGUGACUGACGUCAACGACAACGUUCCUUUCUUCCUGUCAUCCACCUAUGAGGCCACAGUUCCUGAAGGAGCUCAGGUUGGCACUUCGGUGGCUCAGGUUUCAGCCACAGACCUGGACUCCGGUCUGCACGGGAUGAUCCACUACACCAUCCUGAAAGACGAGAGCGGAGAUUCUCAGUUCUUCAGCAUUGACUCAGCCAGUGGAGUCAUCGUCACUCGCGCCUCUUUUGACCGCGAGCAGAAGGCUUCCUACCUAAUCGAGGUUCAGUCACAGGAUAGUUCCGAGUCUGCGCGAUCGGGCCAACAGGGCCAGCCAAACACAGACACGGCGUACGUCAGGAUCUUCAUCACGGACGUAAACGACAACGCGCCGGCGUUUGCCCAGCCCGUGUAUGAGGUGAGCGUGGAGGAAGACAAGGAGGUUGGAUUCAUCCUCAUCACCGUCACUGCAAAUGAUGAAGACGAAGGCGCCAACGCCAAACUGCGCUACCAGAUCACCUCGGGAAACACCAUGGGGACGUUCGACGUGGAACCUGAAGUGGGAACCAUCUUUGUGGCCCAGCCUCUUGAUUAUGAGAUGGAGCAGCAGUAUGAGCUCCGGCUGGUGGCGUCCGAUGGAAAGUGGGAGAAUGAGACUCUGGUGCUGGUUCACGUGGUCAACCGCAACGACGAGGCGCCGGUCUUCAGUCAGACUGAAUACCACGCAGCUGUGACGGAGGAGCUCACCCAGCUUCCUGUUUUCAUAUUGGAGGUUUCAGCUACAGAUCCAGAUCAAGAAGCUGACCAGACUGCCCUCCGCUACUCCCUCCACGGCCAAGGAGCGGGGAGUGAGUUUACCAUUGACGAACGCACUGGAAGAAUCUAUGCUCAGCGUCGCCUUGACCGCGAAGACCGCCCUGCAUGGAGGUUCCUCGUCCUCGCCACUGACGAAGGAGGAGCUGGGCUAACGGGAUUCGCUGACGUGCUUCUAGAAGUCAAAGACAUCAACGACAAUGCACCUUUCUUUCCAUGCCCAGCUCUGGAAAUUGACGGAUGUUUUGUUGGUCAAGUUCCUGAAAACUCGCCAGCAGAUACCUCCAUUAUGGAGAUGCGUGCGACAGACCUGGAUGACCCCAAUGAGGGCAGGAAUGCCAUGCUCACCUACAGCAUCAUCAAGAACAUUCGGAAUGAAAUCAAUCUCAACCUCUUCUCCAUCAACACCACCACUGGAACCAUCUACACGGUUCUGCGCUCUUUGGAUCGGGAGGUGCAGGACAAAUAUCUGGUGGUGGUGGAGGCCCGUGAUGGGGGAGGUUUGUCCGGGACAGGGACAGCCACCAUCAUGGUUCUAGAUGUUAACGACCACCCGCCCGUUUUUACUCAGAGGGUCUACUCUGCUCAGGUGACUGAGGACCUGGAGGUGAACACUGAAAUUCUUGUAGUUUCUGCUACAGAUGGAGAUCGGGGUGAAAACGCAGUUGUAACCUUCAGCAUUGUUGGUGGCGACCAAGACAGAAAGUUCUUCAUAGAGACAGACAAAAUUAACAGACGUGGGGUGAUAAAACUAAAGAAAAAGGUGGACUUUGAAAAACCUCAGGAGAGGACUUUCAAUCUGACCCUAAAGGCUGAAGAUAAUGACUUUUUUAGCUUAGCCUACUGCCUCAUUCAAGUGGAGGACUCUAAUGACCAUGCGCCUGUCUUCUUCCCUCAGUUCUAUGAGUCACCUGCUAUGUCAGAAGAUGUCCCUGUGGGAACGAUUGUUGCUCAGGUUACAGCAUCCGAUCUAGACUCAGGACAAAAUGGGCGUUUUUCCUACAGUAUUUCAAAGGACUCAGAUCCCUACAACCAGUUCCUGGUGGACCAGUCUGGAUGGGUGGUUGUGGCCAAUUCCCUGGACAGGGAGAAAAUCUCUCAACACAAGAUUAUGGUUCUUGCUACAGAUGCUGGUCAUCCGCCCUUGAUGGGCACUGCCAUCGUCAUGGUUACAGUACUUGACAUUAACGACAAUGGCCCUGAGUUUGAAGCCUCUUACAAACCUGUUGUUUGGGAGAACACUCCAGCACCCCAGGCGGUACGAAUGAAUGAAACCUCCUUCCUUCUUCACAUCACUGACCGUGACACCUCCACCAAUGGUAGUCCCUUCUCGGUGCGGCUCCUCAUGCUCACGUCUGACGCCACCAAUUUUAAUCUGACUGACUUUCGGAAUGGCAGCGCCGCCAUCACCGCCCUUAGAUCAUUUGAUCGAGAGCGACAGAAAGAGUACCGCCUCCCGGUUCUUAUGAUUGACAGCGGCUCUCCUCCAAUGAGCUCAACAAGCACACUGACGGUUGUCAUUGGAGACAGAAAUGACCACCCGCACUCACCCGGGCAUAUUCACUUCAUUGUCUACAGUUUUGAAGGUAUUCUCCCAGUGACACCACUCGGACAAAUUCAGUCUCCUGACCUUGAUGACUGGAGCGAGAAAGUGUACCGCUUUGAAGACAAAACAAACAGAUUUUUCAGUCUGAACCAGAGCUCGGGUCAGCUCAGCAUCAAAGAAGGAACUCCUCCUGGUUCGUAUCAGCUCCAGGUGCACGUGUCUGACCACACCUGGCCCGACGUCACUUCCACUGCUCAGGUGGACGUUGCAGAGCUGUACCAGGAUACUCUGCUGCACGCUGCCUCCAUUCGCCUGAACAACCUGACUGUGGAGGAGUUUUUCAGCAGCACUGGUGGUGUUGAGGAGAGCCGAUUCUUCCGGUUGGGUCGCAGCUUGUCUGAAAUCCUGCAGACUUUACCGGAAAAUGUUCAAAUCUUCUCUGUUGGCAACGCUGGUCAGCAUGGGGAGAAGGCUCUCGACGUAUGGUUCGCUGCUCAUGGCUCGCCGUACUAUAAGGCAGAAAAACUGCAUGGAUAUGUGGCAGCAAACAAAGCCAAGGUGGAGGCCACGCUGGGCGUGUCCAUCUCUCAAGUGGGCGUGGACGACUGUCCUCACACAGACUGCAGUCAGACGGGCGGCUGUAGCACCGAGGUGUCCUUCGGUCAGGUUCCGGUUGUCCUCAGCACCAGUAACGUCUCGCUGGUGUCGGUGGCGGCCUCUCUGACCGCGAGAUGUGGCUGCAGGGGGCGAGAGGCGGUCCAUCUGCCCUGCUCUGCGUACGCCUACAACCCCUGCCUAAACGGGGGUACAUGUCAGGAUGGACCACUGGGAUAUCGGUGUAAGUGUCCACCCAUGUUUGAUGGUCCCGUCUGCCAACAAACCAAACGCAGUUUCGGUGGUCAGGGUUAUGCCUGGUUCCCUCCCAUCAAGCCUUGCUUCCAGAGCCACAUCUCUCUGGAGUUUCUGGCUGAGUCGGCUAACGGGCUGCUGCUUUAUAACGGACCCCUUGGUCUUGUUCAGCCUGGAGAGCAGGAAGACUUCAUCGCUGUGGAGCUGAGGAAUGGAGUUCCAGUUCUGAGCAUAAAUCAUGGAUCAGGAACGCUGACCCUUCAGCUCCCAUCCAAGUCUGCAAUCAAUGACAGAAGAUGGCAUCGCCUCGACAUCCUCAGCGAUGGAAAGCAUGUGCAGCUGGUUCUGGAUCGGUGUGGAGGUGUGGCGGUUAACGAGUUGGAAGGAACUGGGGGGGAAACUCUGAAGAUGGAUGAAUCCGGCUGCAGGGCUGCAGGAGAGACACCUGGGAAUCAGCGGUACCUGAACGUGUUCCAGCCUCUUCAGCUGGGAGGAGUGAAGGAAAUGACGCCGUAUCGACGUUACAGGAGCUUCACUGGUUGCAUUCGAAACCUGGUGGUUGACAGUCAGGUGUACGAUCUAGAGUCUCCAGGUGAGAGCGUGGACAGCGCCGCGGGCUGCAGGCUCACCGACGGCGUGUGUGUGACGGCGGCAGGGCCCUCCUGCGGAGUUCACGCCUCCUGCCUCGCAGACUGGGGUUCCUUUAGCUGCGAGUGCCGCCCAGGAUACACGGGACACAAGUGCGACAGAGCCGUCCAGGAGUUCUCCUUCGACUCAAACAGUUUGGUGCGUUUUCAGCUCAGAGGAGGCAGCAGCUCUCGACGCACCAACGUCCAGCUGCUCCUCCGAACCCGAGCGACCUCCGGCACCCUGCUCUAUGUGGCGUCCAGGGAGGCCAGCGAGUACAUCGUCCUGGAGAUCAGCGAGGGUCUCGUCUCGGUGCGUGCCAACCUGGGAGAUGGUGCACACACCCUGCAGCUCCCAAACCAUCGAGUCGACGUGGGACAGUGGAUCCUGGUCAGCCUCAGUCGCUAUGACAACAUGUUCACGCUGCGGCUGGAGCAGGGUGGAGGCUCACGGGAGAUCAACGCCCAGCUUGGAACCCGGAAGGAGAUGGUCAUUUACCCCGCUGCCCUAAUGGUUGGGAAUUCUCCGAAAAUGGAAGCCAAAAGUGACUUUCAGGGUUGUCUGCGAGAUGUCCGGUUCAACGGCCAAGUCCUUCCUCUGGAUGGACAGAGCCGGGACCUGAUAUCAGUUUUGGAGAGGCGUGGCGUCACCUCAGGGUGCUCCAGCGACGCCUGCAGCAGCCACCCCUGCCGCAGCCCGCUGCGCUGUGUGGACCUGUGGAGGAAACAUCAGUGCAAGUGUCCCGGCGCUCAGGUGACGGUGACAGACGGUGCCGGUCAGCACCGCUGCGUGCCGUCACCCUGUGGACCGUCGUCCUGCCGGAACGGCGGCACCUGCCAGGCUCUGUCGCCAGACACUUUCCGGUGCCGGUGUCAGGCUGGUUUCAGGGGUCAGCACUGCGAACUGGGCCAGGUCAAAGGUCAUCGACUGGCUGCCCUCAGUCCCAGCUCCAUCCUGGCUAUCAGCAUGUGCCUGCUUUUCUUUAUCGUGGUGUUGGUGGCCGUGACGGUUUGGAACCAGAAAGGAAGCCGAAACAAGUUCAGAAAGCGCGGCGUUUACCACAUUCCUGCUGAACACGAGAGCUGGGAGGACAUCCGAGAAAACAUCCUCAACUACAAUGAGGAAGGAGGAGGAGAGCAGGACCAGAACGGGUAUGACAUCACAGAGCUGAAGCGACCGCUGUGCUCCAGCUUGUCCCAGUCGUCCUCCUGCACCACAGCUCCUCUCAUCAAAUCCUCUCCGGGUUCCCAGGAGGAGGUUCAUCCCUCCAGCUCCUCCUGCAGCUCGGGCGUCCCCUACCUCAGCAUCCCCCACCAUCACCAGCACCACCCUCCGCACGCCAACACUGCCGGCUACGGCAGCGACUCAACUUACGCCAACUACGCCGCUCACGUGGGCCGAGACGUGGAGACGAGCGACGCAGGCGGUUAUCUGAGCGCCCCCUCCGGCUCGCGCUCCCAUGUGGACUUUAAAAGCUACGUGGCACGGAUUAUUUGGGAGGCGGACAACGACAGCGAGGCUUUCCCGCCGGACGCCUUCCACAUCUGGUGCGUGGAAGGCUCUGGGUCCUCAGCAGGAAGCCUCAGCUCUCUGGGGUCGGCAGUGUCCCACAGAAAAGUGGCCGCCGGUGAUGAAGAGGAGGAAGAGGAUGAAAGGGGCUUCGCGUACGACAGGCUGCUGCGGUGGGGUCCAAAAUUUCAGACCCUCAGCGAAAUGUACGACCAGUCGCAGCUGGCUCUCAGCUACAAAGACACGGUGGCCUACAUGCAAAGGAGCCACAGCCAUGACCCUCUGCCUCAUCACCACUAGGGGGCAGCACACCGCCCAAAGUCACACUAUUUAAUGUGAGGAUGCGAGGAGGUCUGAGUUCCCACACGUCUUAUAGCAUUUAAAAACACAUUUAAAUCAGAGAAAGUCUAACCUCCAAAAUAAACUUUCAUUUAUAGAGUUUUUAGGAGUAAAAUAGACAAAUUUGAAAUAAUUGUAUAUCUGAUAAUGCUUCUGUGUUAUGAGCUAGCUUAAGAUUUAGCCACCUAAAUGAGGCAGAAAAUCAUUAAAUUAAUAAUAAUAGUGAAGCUUUAAACUACUUUGAAUGGAUUCUAGUUUUUGCUGUUUAUAAAGCAACUAUUUAUUAUUAAAAUCCCCAAUUUUUAUUUGUUAGAUUUAAGGCAAACUGACCUCACACCACAAAUGGCACCCUAAAAAAAUCCUUACAUUUCACUUUGAUCAAACAACAAUCCGUCAGUAAAUGGGAUCUUGUGUGAACUCAGCCGCUCUGCUCCCACAUGCUGCUAAAUAACAGCAGCGAGGAGUCAUCUUGUGAUCUUCAUGAGCCUUCAUGUAGAAAACAAGAUCAAAGAUUUGGAUGUUAGAGGUUAGAAUUGCUGUACGGAAAUGUGAAGGAAAAAGAAAAGCACAGAGAUAACUUGUUACUGUUUCAAUAGCCAGCUUUACAAGUGAGAAUGUCACCUCUAUGGUCGUUUUUUGUGUGUUAUUUCUAUUUGGAAGGCUGAUCCAUGCUUCUAUCCUUGCAAAACAACAAAAAUUGACAGCCAAUACUUUAUUUUCCUAGUUUCCUUCACAUCAUGAAUGCAAAGUGACUCAAUUCAAAGGGGAUUCAAGGAUCUCUUUAAGGACAUUUUACAUUUUUAGGACAAACUUCCUCCAGUGACAAAAUAAGCAACAUUUACUAAUUCAAUAAGGAUGCAUUUGUCUCUGUGCUUUCUAAAUUUCGUUAAAAAGAGGAAACAACUUCAAACAUCUCCCGCUUGUUCUUGCACUACUGCAUAACCGGUCCAUUUUAGCAGACAGAAUCAAACGGAAGUAACUGUUGAGACAUAGUUUGAGAAAGCUGCACCUUGUAACAAACUGUAUGAUUUCAGAUGAGCAUAUUUUUCUACUCCCUUCCGUUUGUCUAGCCAUUGGUCGUGUGCUUUUUGUGUGCAUGAUCUGGACACUUUUACUUCUAAUAAGUUACUGUUUCAUAAGCAGGAGUUGCACAUGCAGCCUCCAGGCUGCAGUGUUGAGAAAAUAUUUUUUUUUUUAAGAUGUGGGCAUUAAGAGUUUUGUUUUGUGGGUUUGCUCAGAAACAAUUCAGAAGAGACUGUUUGACUGUUCUUUUUUUAAAGAAACUGAGCCUCUUUGGUCUGGAUUUAAUCUAAAUGACCGUUUUUGGUAAUAAAAAACUGGUUUGAUAGAUUAUUCUCAGAAGUCAUUUUAGGUUUGACAGACUUUGUAAACCUUCACUGCAAAACUCAUAAUUAGGUCAGACAUUUACCCACUCUUGAUGUGUUUUAUUUUAUGACCUUCUAAAAGUGUGAUUUGUUGACUUGUAGCUGCAGAAUUCAACAAGUUGUUUCCAUUUUACCUCUCAGCUGUCUUUGUGGCACCGCCUGAUGAAUGUAGUUUUUAUAUUGAGAGAGGGUGCAAGCAAGAGUACAAUCAGAAUGAACAUUUUUAUUUAUUUUGUUUUUAUAAAUACAAAAAAUAAUAAUUUGAAUAUUUGCAAAUCUGCAAGGAUUAACUUCAAAUUUUUCCUCCUGAAAACCGAAAAUCUAAUCUCAAUCCCUGGAAAAAAUCAAGAAACAUUAACACCUGAUCUUGGAAUCUGCUUUUGCUUUUUUAGGAAAUCAUUUUUAUCCAAACAUUUCUCUUCUUGGACUUGACCAAAAUACAGAGAGCCCUAAACUGUGUUUAAAGCUAUGCAUCCAAAUGGAAAAAAAAAACAAAACACAGACUGUGUCUUUUUUGAUGUGAAGCAGAGGUUGCCUUAGCAACUUCUGCUGGGGUUUGCUGUAAAUCCAGUAUUUUGAACUGCUAAUAGGUGUGAGAAUGUGAUGUUGAAUUCAAACACGUGUUUUAGUAUCAUUCAGCGCUGAGCAGUGUUGAUCUGUAUUAUAUGAUGUACAUAUAAACGUUUUAUAGCAGCCUCUCAUGGAAAAUUCCUUUUGUAUGUGACUUUUAAUUAAAAAAAAAAAUCUUUCCCCAAAAGUGUUGUUUUAGUGCUUUGACUUGCUUUGAAAUUUACUGAACAAACGUGUCAGGGAAAUACUAUUUUCAGCAUAAUAAAUAUUAUUUUUAAAUAUAUCAAUUUAAAUGUUGAAUGCAAAAAAAUAUGCAAUUUUAAACAAAACCAGCAAUACAUUUAUGAAAAUUUAAAAAUAAUUUGCCUGCAAGUGAAAGUUUUGUCAUGAGGAUCAUUUUCUGUCUAAUACUGCCACCUUGUGUUCAUGUGUGGAAGCGAUUUACUUCAGUUGUUUUAUCGCUGCUCAGUUUUUCAAAAUCAAAUGAUGUAUCAAAUCCUUCUUUAAUUCCCUAAUCCCUUCAAUUAAAAACUUUCAUUAAAGGCUUUUAAAGUGAGAAAACUAUAAAUCAACAGUCAGAAAAUACUUUUACAUUUGCAAAUAAUAAAAUAAAAUCAUUCCAUACUGAAAAAAACUUUAUUGGACUCCAACUACUUUCAAUAUGAUGAUACUUUAAACAUAUUUGGAAUGAUGAUGAUGAAUUUAAACAAUAGCUGAACAAAAAGAAAAAUAUAUAUAGUGUUCAAAAAUUCUUAUAUAUAUAAAAGUGCACAUUUAAUGCAACUAAUGCAAGUAAAAAUAUUUAAAUCAAAUUCAUGCAUAAGUCCAAAACAUGAUAAAAAAAACAGAAAGUUAGAAUAGUUUAAAUCCUCUUUUAUAAAAUUCUGUUACUAGAAAAUUUUAUAUCAAAUAAAAUAGAUCACUAAAAGUUUGAGGAACAAAACAAAUACAUUUAACCCAUAAAGACCCAGACUCUUUUUUUCCUCAAAACUAAAAUUGUGUGGUGAACACCUCAUACAAACGUGACCACAGAAUUUUGUUUGUUUGUUUGUUUGUUUGCUACACUGAUGUCACUGUGGUUUCUUAUGAUAAAAUAUUGUAAUUUGCUUUGGAACAAAAGAAAAUUUGUCAAAUAAAAUUAUUUAAUGGAUAAUUUAUUUAUUUUUAUUUUUUGUCGUUUUUUUAUCAUUCUUGAAAAACUUGUCUGUUUGUAAACUUGCUUUGUAUUCACGUUCCUCCACUUUUAGUCCAAACUUUUUAACUAAAUUUGAUGUA